UAGUUCGGUGCAUUCACAUCCAUUCGGUCAGUUCACUUGCAGCGCUUAUUGCGGCCACAACGUUGCCCGAUGCUCGACAAUACAGCCGGAAUCGUAGCAGCAGCCAGAAGCAGCAGCAGCAGUAGGAAGAGUGUGUUUUGCCAUGGCCACCGAGCAGCAGCAGCAACAGGAGAAGGUGGAAGUGGAGGUGGAGGAGGAGGAUCAACGUCAACUGUUGCUGCACACAUUGAACAGACUUUGGAGCCAUUAUCUGCACGCUCCAGACUCUGAGGCUGCGGAUGAUAACCAAGCAGCGAGUGUCAAGGAACAUUGGCUCUGGCUUUUGCUAUACAACUUUCAGUACGUGGAUGAUCAAACGCUGCAAGAUGCCCAGUUCAAUAGCAAUUUUAAUCAGCUGCCAGAGGAGCUGUGUUCAUAUCUUCUGGAGCAAGUGUAUCAAAUCAUCAGCGCUGCCAAACGGUCGCAGGAAUUGGAAUCCGAUCAGCAGAACAAAUGUAUCAAGCAACUGCGCAAGCAACACAACCUAGCACAGCUCAUACUCAGCACACCCAGCGACUGCAAUAAAAUACUGGCACUUCGAACUUUCCUCACCAAUGGACUGGGUCAGCACUUGCUCGCCUUUCUGCUGCGAGUGCAAAUCAAGCACAUUGCUUCACAGAAGAGCCUCUGUCAGCUGUGCAUCAAUCUGUUUCCCAAUUGCAAAUGGAGUGCAGAGAAUCCGCCGCUUCAAUCACUCACCAGCAUUGCACAGUUCAUUGGCAGUUUUCACCUGAAUUCGCAACGCAACAAAUCACGUCGCCAGCAGCAACAACAACAACAGUCACAAGUUCAACAGCAGCCACAACAAGUGCAAUUUGCAGUUGAGACAGAUUACAAUUUUGAGCAGUUUAAAGCUGCCAGCAAGACGAGCGAUGAAUUGGCUUUGCUGCUUAUUCAGUUGCUGACACGUUGCCUCGAUGCCGAACAGGAGCCGCAGCUGAGUGUGACUGUGCACAAUUUUGCAUUGGGACAUCUCUGCAGCGGCUGUGUGGAGGAUGCCAACGAUGCGAACGAUGAGAUUAUCAAAUUUGAGUUGCUGCAACUGAUCGCACAUUGCGUCAACAACUUUUACGUGCACGAGCAACAACCAACAGCCUUGGACUUCAACAGCAACUUUAGUCAGCUGCUCUAUGCGCUGGCUGCCAAUCGAGGAAGUCCUUUGCUAUCGCAUGGCAUACUCUAUCUAAUGUUUGGCACGCUGCACAAUCUGAUCGAACAUGGCGCCCAGCAGUUGGGACAAAUCGAUGUGAAGAACUUUGACAGCUGCUUCGAUGUGUUGCAAGAAGCAGCCACCUCAACAACAAGCACUUCGCUGCUAUUUCUGCACAUCUACAAGCUGCUGUUGCGUCUCACCGAUCAUCUAUCACGUCAGGAGCAACAGCAACAAUGUCUCAUGGAGAGCAGCACCUCCACUGCGCUGGCCAAGCAGCAGCAACAACAACAGCAGCAUCAGCAACCACCGCGCCACAAGCGACAGCGACACAGUCAACUACACUGCUCGAGGCGCUCUCUGAGCUGUUAUUUCCAGGGCAAACUGUAUCAGCUGCUGCCCAGUCUAGUGCCCGAGCUGCAGGAGCACAGUGUGCGCUCGCUACUGCGCACCGGCAGCUGCUGUUGUCACUACAAUGCAGCCAAUUAUGCCAGCUGCUUACGGUUGGCCACACAACUCUCGGGCAGUUAUCAAAAGUGUGCCUACAAAUUUCUACACUACAAUGUGCUGCACACGAUUUUCGUGAAGCGUUCGCCACAGCAUUGCAGCGUCUGCGAGGAGAAGCUAAAGUCACCGGCAUUUCACACCCAACUAUUGAGCAUCUACAGGGAUAACUAUCGACCGCUGCUUAACACCAGCUCCAUGCUGCUCUUUCUGAAGCAUCUCAAGCACAUUGCUUACCUGCUGUCGUAUGAUCUGGCUGCUGGCAUUCUAGCUGAGGUGGCGUUGCCCAUCUUCCGGCAAUACAAACAGCUCAGCGAGUGCAGCACGAAGUCGCACAUCAAUCCAGUUAAUAAGUUGCCGCGUUUGCAGCUGCCUGGGAGACUCGAGAACUAUCGUGUGCUUCACGAAUGUCUGAGCAUCUUUGUGAUGUACUUGAGCGACAUUCGGCUGGUGAAGGCGUUCUACAACGAAGAGAACAUCGGAUACAUGCAGGAUCUGUUAAGUGUGCCCGAGUUACAACGCGGCGUCUGUGAUCUCAUCAAGGUGGGCAUCGAUAACAUCGCCUUCCUCGGUGACAACAAUCACGAACAGGUUGCCUUGAGUCGACGUCUGAUUCAACUGCAACUGAACAGCAGCGAUCGCGCCUCGAAGCUAUUCCAGGCGCUGCUUCAAAGAUGUGCCAAACGUUCGCAGGUUAAAUUUUGGCUGGAUGAUGCAGCAAAUACGGCGCUGCUUGAAGGACACAAACCUGUGGAUAUACUCUAUAUAACGGCGCUGCAGUGGACGCUCAACUAUGAGCUAUUAAAGACCAGUCAGCUGUUCUAUAAUGAAUUUGCCAAAAUCUACUCGAUACCCGUGGAAAUGACAGUGGACGACGAGGAUGACGAAGAGGAGGAAGAAAAGCUGAAGCUGGAGCAACCACAAUUGGGGCAGGAGCAGAAGUUGCGGCAUGGUGAUAAGACCAUCAUUGACAUACUCAAGCUGAACUACAAUGCGCUUAGCUGUUUCCUCAUGCUGCCCAAAGCCGCCAUCUCAACCGCAACCGCAACGACGACGGCAACUGUGACGCCGUCGUCAUCGACGUCGCAGACGCCGCUGCCUCAGCUGCCACGAAAUGGGGGCGUUUGUGGCUCAAGUUCAUUGGAGGCACUCGUGUCGCAUGUACAGCUGCCGUUCAGUAGUGCGCUGGCAGCCUCGACAACGACGACAGCGAGCUCAGACUACGCGGAUUCGUCGCUCGAUUACGCCGCUGUCAUCGAUAACUACGCCGAACAGGCAGCAUUGCCUUCAUUUCUACAACAUCUACAGUCCAGUGAACCGGACGAAAGCAUUGUGCUCUUCGACAUACGCGGAAGCAAUCACAGCAACAGCAUUGAACCAUCUCCCACAACAGCUAUCCCACUGGCCACCACCCACUUGACACUCUCCAACGUUGCUGUUGAGGAUCAGGUGGCCGCAGCCGGACUAAUUAGCAAGCUCUUUAACAUUGUGGGCUCGCUUUUUGGUGGCAACGCCACCAGCCCCACGUCCGACGAGAGCGAGCGACGUGUUGCGGCAGAGCCAACUCUCGACAUCGAUGCUGACUUGUAUUGUCUGUACGAAUCGAAUGGGGAGUGCAAGAAACUGUUGCUAAAACUCUUCGAAGCGACCAUGGCCAUCUGCAUCAAGGGCUUUCAGAACGAAGAAGUCGAGAAGAUGCAGAAGCACCUGCGCAAACUCAAGGCAAUCAUACUCAGCAACGCCUCAAGCAACUGGUCGGAGCACGGCGAGCAACAUGCUCGGGACAACGCUGUCAUUCAGACACUACAAACGCUGCUCAAGAUUGCCGAGCUGUCGAGCACACACCACAACAACGAACCAGCUGGAGUGGCUGCUGUAAGUGACACGCCCUCAGCGGACUCCACACAACCCCGACCACGUGCGCGUUCCUUCAACAGCGGCAGCGUUGAGCUGCCUCGGCCACAGACCACAGCAGUCAAGCUGCCCGCGAAGAACUCGCUGGCCACACCGCCCACGCCUCGACGUCGCCCCAACUCAAGUGAAGCAGCCAUGGGCGCCGAUGCUGAUUACUUUUCCACACGCGCCUCGCUCAGCUGUGCGGCUGACAGCGAACUUGAGCUGAGCGAGAACGAACAGGAUUACUAUUUAACAGCAGACGAGGGCUACGAAGCGGAUGGCGAAAUAGCCGAACUCACCGAAUCCGAGUGUGAACUGAAUGGUGGAGCUGCUGUGGCUGCCAACGAAUCGUGGCUGCCCUUUCAGCCAUCGUCGCGUUAUCGCAGUCACAUCAUGCAUGAGGGAUUGAGUCAGCUGGUGGUGCAAAUGCUGGUGGAACUCUCGCUGCUCUGCAUGCGCCAACCCGCCGGCUGGACAGAGAGUCUCACACAGCUGGCGAAUCGAUUGUUUGUCAUCAGGGACUACCUCGGUGGACCGUUGUGUCUACUCCAAGGUUUUGCUCCUGUGCUCAGCAGCAGCGAUGCCAAGCUGCGGGAACUCCAGCAAUCCAUACUAGAGCUAAUCAGUCAACUGAAUACUCCCGAUGUGCUCAACUGUUACUUUGGCAUUCUGGCCAGCAAACAGCCGCCAGUCGAGUUGCUAAUGCGUCACAUGCAUCACAUUUGCGCCUUCAGUUUGCGCAAAGCACAGCCUUGCAUGGAACUGGAGUUUCCCAUCACAAUCGAUGGCAAAAUCGUCAUCACAGCGGACGCGUUUGUUAGCGAACAGAUCGAGCGUGUGCGUCUGCAGCAUCAACAGUGUCAGGCCACCACUUUGUUCACACGCGCCGCUUGCAUUGUGCCGGUGACACAGACGCGGCUCUGGCAGCCCGAUGGACUCACACUUUCGUUGUGGCUGGAGGUUAAAGGUCAGCAAUUGCAACGCAGCUUUGCACAGCUCAACGACGACGAGACGCGCUACUCCGGCGAGGAUUUGACAAAAUCGCAUCUCAUCUCGCUUGGCAGCAGCGGCGUUAUGCUGAGCAUCUACAUCAGCAACAAUCUGCAGUUGGUCUUCGAGAUGGUCAAGCCCAGCGAGCAGCUUCCGCAGCGCAUCGAGGAACACAUUGAGCCAGCUACAAGCACUGAACCCGCCACACAAACAGCGCAAUCGAGUGGCAGCUUUCGUCAUGCAUUAAAGCAGACGAAGAUGGCGCUGCUGAACAGCUUUGGACAGAUGCAUCUGCUCAACGGACAUCAAUCCUCGGCCGAGGGACAUGGCGGCUACUUUGAGGGCGCCUCCGUGCAGCUGCAACAGCUACGUUUGCCACGCAACAAGUGGCUGCAUUUGGUGUUUGGACUGCAGCAGCAAACGGAUGGCUUGCAGGUGACCAUCUGCAUGGAUGGCCUCGAGCAGCACACGCUCAACAUGCCGUUCCACAAUCUACAACUUGCAACACGUUCGCACAGCUUCCAAAUGCUCGCCGUGGGCGAAGGCAUUCCCGCCAAGGCGGGCAACGGCAAUAGCAACAGCAGCUCAUCGCGAUCCACGCUCGAUGGCUCGGCGCCUCGCUAUGCGCUGUCCAAUCUGGUGCUCUUCAAGCGUCGUCUAGUUGAGCGCAAUCUAAUGCUUAAUCUGACCGCGAUGGGCCCGGAUUUUACCGAAUUUACGCAGUGCCAAGUGGCCAACUGGAAACCCAACUAUGGCUACGUGCAGCUCAACAAACUGACGUCUGCCUCGUUUGGAAAUCAUGCGGACUGCAUGAAGCUGCUGCGGCAAGCAAGGGUUUUGGUCUACUCCGCCCAGCAACCUGAUCUUGUGAUGUGCUAUGACACCAGCCAAGAGCUGGACAUGUCCAGCUAUGGUUGCCCGCAGGGACAUAUGCUCUAUGGCGAGCUUCUGCAGCACCAUCCACAAACGCUGCAGACGGCGGUGCUGCUCAACGGAGGACUCUCCACGAUGCUUUAUCUCUUUGCUAGGAUCGUUGAGCUCUCCAGCACAGCCAAUACUCAAGCUCUUGCCUUGGAUCUGCUGCUGCAGCUGGCACACUCGGAUGCGCAGCUUUACACGGAGUUUCUGCGACAGGAUUACCUCGCACUCAUAGGCUAUGUGAUCAAGUCAGAGCGCUGUUCCAAGGACGUGCAAUUGCUGCGCAGCAUUGUGAACAAUGCCUGCUCACAGCCACUCAUAAGUCGACGAGGCGAUGGACUGCAUGUGAAUGACAACACAACAGCCUGUCUGGUAUAUCCACGCCUGCUGCUGGCCGUGCUGCAACGCUACUCGGACUGGCAUCGCUCGGGAGCCACGCACUCCGAUGUGCUGGACAUGCUGUUCCGCUCGAUACUCGCGCUGAGUCGCGACAAGCAUCCGCAGCGGGAUUUCAACAUGGAGCAAUUGCAGAACUCGGGCUUGUUACGAGCUCUGCUCAAUCUGUGCAAAGUCUAUGUGAUAGAAUCACCCAAUCCGGUUCACAUCUCGCCCUAUGCCGCCGAGUGCUUUGUGCAGAUUCUCGCGGUGUUUGCUGGUUCGCCACCAGCACCUUCGCUGCUGGACGAGAUGAUGAAGCUGCUGCUGUUGCUGCACAAGCCAAGCGAAUGCUAUGUGACGCAUGAUCGCAGCAAUUUUUACUUUCUGCUAACUCCGCAGUUGCCUGUAAAGGAGCGUUCGCUGGUGGCGGCCAAUCUCAGUCGGGUGACAACCUCGUUCCGCCGUCAACCGCAACCAGCGACACAAGAACUGGAUCCAGAGCGUGCUGAGCGCAUAAGGCGACUGAGAAGACUUCACAACUCGAAUUCAAGCUACAAGCGUGCGCUCAACGAACUGGAGGACCAGCUGGAACAGAUGGCCGACUGCUCCAAUCUCAACAAAGCCGCGUUGCGCCUUUUGAGUCCCGUGGAGGCAACGCGUUGGCGUCAACGCUUCAAGCGUCGUCAUCCCAGCACCAGUCAAAGCCCAAAGCGCAGUCCGCUGAAGGUCGCCCGACGUCGUGGUCACUCGCAUCCCAGCAAACAGUGGCAACCCACGGGCCACAGCACGCCAAGCUCAGCGCAAAUGACGCCGCUGCCCAAUCGCAAGACAGACUUCUACGAUCAACCGGGAAUUGUGACGCUGCAACAGCGUUUGCUCACGCUGCUCAAAGACUUUCUAUGCCUGCUGCCAGACUCAGCAGUGGAUGAGGUGCUGCGUCACUAUGUCAAGCUAGAGUUUCUGCUGGUGCUCGCCAAUCAACGCAGCUGUGCAGUGCGCACAGCCAUCGUUCAGCUGCUGGCGGUGCUCACCAAGCGUUUGCCAUCGGCAGAACUUGUUGCUGCCUCCAAGCAAUUAUAUCCAUUGCAUUUGGCCAAUCAGCUGACCAUUCAUGGCAGCGAUGUGGCGAUGUUUGAGGCGUGUCUGUCGUGGGUGACGGAUCUCCACGGCAGCCUCGAUGACAUGUGCAGCAGCGAGGUGUCGCUGGCCAUUCGUCAGCGCUUCGGUUUGCAAUCCUUGCUGGCCAUCUCGAUGGCCAUGGGCAACAACAGUUGGCACAGCGAACCGCAACGGGUCUUCAAGGCGCUGCUUCGAUUGUAUCUGCAGAAUGCCGAUGAGCAGCUGAGUCUAGUGGAUGCGGGAUUGCUGCAGUGUGCAGUAAAGGCGUUGCAUCAGCUUUACUCUCUACGCUUGGGACAACCCAACAUGGAUCAAUCCAUCGUAGAGCUACUUGGGGGCAUAGGCGAACGUGCAUUGAAGUCUGUGGGGCAAAUCAAUCUGGUGUGGGACAUACUGAACAUGCUGUCCUUCUACCAGGACAAGCAACCAGCGUUGAUUGUGCGCAGCUUUCGCACAGUUCAAGCGCUGCUGCAGUUGCAGUGGCUCAACAUGUUCUUCGAGGCGUGCGAGGGCAACAAGAAGAGCUAUCGCUUGAGGAGCAGCCUGCCCGACUGUUCGCUCAGUGCCACCGAGUGUCGCACUCGCAUGGAGCUACUCAUCGAUCGCAGCACACAGUUCUUCACCGGCAGCGGCUGCGUUGCCAAUGGAAAUACCAACAGCAGCAGCAGUAGCUAUGUGGCCAGCAGCCCAGAAGUAGCGCUCUUCGAGCUGCUCGUCUCUUAUGGCAUUGCGAACAAUCAGCGUUGCAACAACUUUAUUGCCUGGGGAUUGCAACCGUCGCGUCCGCGAGAUUUACGCGCUUACAUUGUGGAUGCUUUGUGGCGCACUUGUCAGGAUGAGUUUCAAAGCGCCAUCAUUUGCGAUGGCAAGAUGAUCAAAGCGCUGCUGUGGCUCAGCCUCAUGGAAGACAUCAAGCCACCCAUUGAAAAUCUGUCGCCACUUUGUCAGGCGCUGGGCAUCAAGGAGAACGACUCCUCGUGGAAUCUGGUGAAUGAGAUUCAACGACUCGAAUUAAAUCGCAGCAGCUUGGCAGGCAAGCAGAAGCAGCUGCUCGAGAAGACGCUCUACAAGUUUGAGCCGCUGGUGCAGCACUGCAUCGACACUUCGAUGGUGACCACGAGGAGAGUAGCUGAGCUUCAGAAUGCUGAGCGUAAGCUGCUGAUGUGUCACAUGAAGGACUACGAUGACACCUACACGUACACCAAGUGGCUGGAGAUUAUACGCCGCAUGACACACGAGGGUGCUCCAUGGCACUGCAGCGAACGCGCCGAGUGCUCUUGGGAACUCGACGACACCGAAGGACCAUCGCGAGUGCACACGCGAUUGCGACGUUGUCACCUGGAGAUCGAUCGCAGGUUCUUCAUGAACGACUAUUGCCCUGGGCAGGGACAACGUGAGGAUCUGGAGCAGUAUACACGACCGCUGGACUAUCUGAUAGCCAGCUAUGAUCAGCAAUUGAACAUAUCGCUCAACUCGCAGAUACUCUACAAUUUCGCGGCAAAGUUUCUGCCGGUGGAUGGGGAGAUCGAUGGCGAGAUUAUCAUCACGGAUCUGAAGCUAUACUUUCUGGCCACAUAUCGUUGUAAAUACUUUAACGUCAACUGUGAUAUAUCGAACAUUACUGAGAUCUGGCUGAAACGCUAUCAACACCAGGAGAAGGCAUUCGAGAUUCUUCUGGACACGAACAAAUCGCUCUUCUUUUCGUUGCAAAACGCCGACGACUGGAAGAUCAUGCGCGAGGUAUUCUGUGAUAAAAUUGUGACCAUGCCGGACAAUAGCAAGGUGCUGGCCAUCACGCAACAAUGGCGCGAAGGCCUGCUAACCAACUGGGAGUAUCUGAUGACACUCAACCAGAUUGCUGGACGCACCUACAACGAUCUCAUGCAGUACCCGGUAUUUCCUUGGGUGCUGGCUAACUACAAAUCGGAGAUGCUUGAUCUCCGGCUGCCGCAGAACUUUCGAAAACUACCGCGACCCAUUGCCGUGCAGCUGGAAGAGAAUGAGCAGCACUACAUCAGCAAUUACACGUACAUCGAUAGCACCAACACGAACAUGGGCUCGCUGAUACUGAAGCCGUAUCACUACAGUUCCCAUUACUCCAACUCUGGAACCGUGUUGCACUUCCUCGUUCGUGUGCCGCCUUUCACAAGCUACUUUCUGCGUUAUCAAGACAACAACUUUGAUCUGCCGGAUCGCACAUUCCAUGCGCUGAACACCACCUACUGUCUGGCCAGUCGCGAUAGUCCCACCGAUGUCAAGGAGCUGAUACCCGAGUUCUUUUGUCUGCCUGAAAUGUUUGAGAACUUCGAGCGUUUCAACUUCGGUUGUCGACAGAAUGGCGAACGUGUUGAAGAUGUGGCAUUGCCUGCUUGGUGUCAACGUGAUCCACGACUCUUUGUGCUCAUACAUCGACAGGCGCUGGAGUCGGAAUUGGUGCGCAAUGAUCUGCAUCAUUGGAUUGAUCUGAUCUUUGGGUACAAGCAAACAGGCGAGAGCGCCAUCGAGGCCAUCAAUGUAUUCCACCCAGCAACUUACGCUGUGUUCCUGGACUCGGAGAUCAGUGAUCCCAUUGAGCGCGAGGCGGUCAAGACAAUGGUGAAAACAUACGGACAAAUGCCGCGACAGCUGUUCAAAUCGCCGCAUCCUUCGACCAAGGCUCUGGAUUACUCUUUGGUAGACACGCCCAUUGUUAACCAGGUGAAGGGACUCCGCUGGGGCGUCUAUGUGGGCUCGCCGCAGCUGAAGCCACCCUCGUGGGCCAACAUACACAAACUGCCCGGCACCGAGAAUCUGUUCAGCUUCAGCAACACGAAUGUGGUCUAUGCGCUGCCACCGCGAGCUGGCGUCAUGCAAGGCGCUGAGCCGGAUACUUACAAUGUCAUCUCGUGGGGCUACGACGAUCGCAUUGUGCGCAUCCAGCCGCUGAAUAAACCACAGGCCAAGCCCAAGAAUCUGCUGCACAAUGGCAGCUUCGAUGACAUCACCGCCUGUGGCUGCGAUGUGAAUUGCAAUCAGCUGUGGUUCGGACACAAAUCGGGACGCAUUAGUGUCUACAAGUGUGCCAGCAGCAUGGACGCACAACAGCGCACCAGCACCAAGAGCCGUCAGAGCUAUGUGCGUGGUCUGCGUCUGUCCUACAACUCGGCUUUCCGCAAGAUGACCUCUAAGAGUUCGGUGCCCGGCACAGCGCUCGAUGUGUCCGAUGAGUCGAGUAAUCUGCAUGCUACGCAUUCAGCUGCUUCGGUAGCUUCAUCGGGUGGUUCUUCGUCGAGUGAUGCACUGCAACGCGAUGGCGCUGAUCUUAGUUGGUUGGGUCCUACGUUGCUGGUAAGGCACACUGAUGAAAUCACCUGCAUAGCACUCUCGGUGGAGUUCAAGCUGGCCGUCACAGCUGGACGCGAUGGCAUCGCCGUCAUCUGGGAUCUCAAUGAUUGGAGCUAUGUGCGCACCAUUGCGCGUCCCGCAGAGAUACAUCAAUCGCCCAUCACACACGUCGCCAUCAGUCCAACUCUGGGUGAUAUUGUCACGGUACACACGCUGCCUCAGCAACCAGAUGCCAAUGCUGUGGCUGUCGCUCAAGCCAAGCCAAGCGCAGCGGAUGAAUGCUUCGAGGUGACAGAGGAGAGUCUGGAUGAUUUUGUCAAUGUCAACAUCAAUCCUAAUGGCAAAUCCAUUUUACGACUGCACUCUGUGAAUGCUCGCUAUGUGCAGCAUCUGGUGCACGAGGAUCGCAUUCAGGCUGUGUGUUAUUCCUACAUCAAAGAGGGCGUUGGCGUCAACGUGAUUGCCACCGCUGUGGAGGGUGGCUUUGUGCGCUUCUGGUCCAGUUGGAACUUGGCAUUUGUGAGCGAACUAACCACAGGCACUUCGCCCAUUCGCAGCAUUUGCUACUCUACGCAUCAGCAUUUGGUGGUGCUCACGAGAGAGUCGCACAUACAGGUCUGGGAAUCGGAGGGACUCUAUGGCAAUGCGCCCAAAUUUCCCCAGAUUGCCUACAAGUGAACAACAAAAGUAACAAGCU